AUAACAGUGGGGCUCCCCAUCAACAGAGAGCAGAAGAGAAGACAACGGGGGCAGAGAUGGAAGAGACUGGCAAUGGCCAGAUGGAUACGCUGGCUGCAGAGACAGCAGAGUCCAAAGUGCCAAAGCAGCUGUCUUACCUCUGCCACAAUAGAGACUACAGCCAAACCUGGAAAAUAUCCUGUCCGUCACACUAGUUCUGAGUUGGAUGGAGACACACUACAGGGUGGGAUAAGCACCAGGGAUGGCCUGGAGCAGGAGAGACACUUGUGUCAUAAAUCAGGGCCACGGCUCACUUCUGAGUGGCUUCGGAGUAAAGCUCAGAGUGGCGCUGGAGUUGCAAGUUAUGAGGAAGAGGAGGUUUGGUCAGGGGAUGCCAGCCUCGAGCAGACAAGUGUCCUGGGCCCGGGUGAUGGAUGCGGCACAAAGCCAGAGGGGAAUGCUAACGAGAUCAAAGGCGUCGUGGCUGACUGCUGCAAGGAGAGACCUGGCUCUGGUGGGAGCUCAUUAGGCAGCAUGUCCCACCUGCAGAGCAGCAGAAGAACAAGCUCCACGUCUGUCCUCCCACAGACCAGCGCUCGUUCUCAGCUCGACAAAAGGCCUCUCAGCAGUCAGGCAGCCUGCUGUCCACCUGAGGAAACUACCUUCAAAGGCCAGUUUGGCUGUGGAGAGAUGGAUGGAUCAGGAAGUUUGGAGGAGAUCCCGGGAGUGUGUGAGACCGAGACGGCAGCAGCCACAAUUCAACACUCGGGGCAGGGCUCUUUGCUCAGCAGAGCUUCUUGGAUUGUCCAGGAUGCAGGGCGUCUCCUUUGGAGCUCCCCCACAGUAUUGCAGCAAGUCAGGGAAGAGGGACUACAGCCUGUUGGGGCCCGCUGGUCCAGUCAUGUUGUCGCUCUGGUCAGGGAAAGUAAUGUUCUGUCUGUAGUGAGGGACAGCCAGGUCUUCUCCAUGGUUAAAGGGAGCUUGGUCUUCUCUUUGUUGAAGGAUAGUCACAUUUUUUCCAUGGUGAAAGAUCUACCUCUCAUACAGCACAUCCAGAUGGAGAUAACUCAAAACCUUCAGCCUGAGGAGGCAGCUCAGAUGAUUCAAGGCUGCAUUAUUCCUGACGCCACACAACUCCCAGUCCCGACACUAACACAAACCUUUUGCAGGGCAGAAGAAUUGCCAGAUAGCAUGCCACUAAUCCCAGAAGAUUUGUCGACAAGGAAUAAGAGUAUUUGUUAUCUGAAGUUACCACAAGAGCAAGACAUGGCUGAUAUUCAUGUAAAACAGGGAGACAAACCUACAGAGCCAUUGCCAGCAAAACUCAUCAGUGAGCCAAAGGUUUCUCAUGCACCUGGAGACAAGCUGAUUGGAGAGCUCUCACCAGUAAAACGCAUCAGUGAGCCAGAGGUUGUCCAUGCACCUGGAGACAAGGACCAGGCAUUGGAGAACUCCAGGACUGUGCAUGACAAAAACAAUGUCAAAAUCUUUACUCAAACACUGAUAGAAUUUCCUGAUUCCCUUUUGAAGCUGCAAACUCUGCCAUUGCCAAACAUGAUGGACACUUUACAGUCCAUCAUAUCCACCUCGGUGCUCACUUUCCAGAAGAUUGUCGCGCUCUAUUGGCUGAAUGUUGCUAAAUGCAGCCAACCUGAGCCCCGUCCUGCCCUACUGAUCCUGGCGGAGACUGGCCUCUACACUCUGACCACUGACUCUGGCCUCCUGGCUGUGUUCCAUCAACUCCCCUUGUUGCAGCUGAAAGAGGUGCAGAUAGGCUUAGCAGGCCACAGUCUGCGUUUGAUGAGCACUACAGAGGAGAGCAUCCUGGGUGUCUACACCCACAGCCAGCAGCUUACCAAAGAGCUGUGCUUCGCCAUACUUGGUGUCACCUGCCCUGGGGACAACAGGGCCUCUCAGCACCCACUGCUCCAUGGAGACUUGAUGAAGUUGUCUCUAGACUGGAAUGCCUGUGUACCUGAUCUGCUGCUGGAUGCUGGUUUAAGGGUUCGCUGCCAGUUUCAGAAAAGUCUUGCUGAUCUGGUUUACCUUCUUCAUUGUAACUUGGAUCAAAAAACAGUAACUCUAGGAGAAGUGCAGCUGCUACUAUGCACAGGUGUAGGGGUGUGCAUCAGCCCCAGUAGCCACACUGAGGCUCUGGCCCAGCUUUUUCUUACGGAUACCCACCUUGGCCUAGUGCAGGAGGAUGCUGUCUUUCACCCGACUCCACGCUCUGUCACCAUAGCGUCCCGCUGUCCCCAAUUCCAUGACUUAACUCUCCGCCAGCGCUCAGAUGUGCGCUGCGUGCUGGUGCAUGAUGAAGACAAGCGCGGAGUUGUCAGACUGGAUGUGAUCCUGGCAAACGUUGGGGGCAGGGGUCACCCUGAAAGCGUGACAAAGGCAGCUACCCCGCCUGCAAAAGCUUCAAAUUCAUCCCCGAAUGCAGAAGUGUGGAAAUUAACUUUCAGUUGCUCCUCUGAGGCCGCCUGCCUGAUUAAUCACUUGUCAAAUGUCUGAUCAAGGACUGAACAGCCAGUAAUGAACAGCCCAGCUUGAAAACUCUCACUCAAAGGGAGCAAAAGUGCAUCCCAACCAGACAACGCAAAUGACAUCUUCACUGGCAAUGACAGUUAAAACUAUGACCUAGUUUGAAGUUUCCGUAUUGAUUUGUUUCUCUAGAAGUUUUUGUCAUUUUAAUAAUGCAUGGCUUUAGCACUUUUAUCUUUAAAACCCUUGCAUUUCUUUGUUCUCGCAUUGUUAUUGUUCUUUAACCACUAGCCCCCCUAAUUAAAUAAUUAAGGGUUGAUGGUUCAACAUUGAGGAUUAAAACAUGUUUGUACCUGUGUCAUUUGUUUCAUGGGCAUACUAUUUCUUUUUUUUUUUUUUUUUUUUUUUUUUUUUUUUUUUUUUUUUUUAAAAGAUCUUAAAAUACAAAUCUCACUAAGUUAUCUCAGUCAUGUUUAUUAAAUGGUGUGUGUAUAUAAAUGUAUAUCAAAUUAAGGUUAUUUUAUUUCAAAAUAGAUCUAAUGAAAUGGAUAUGUGUGAAUAUGUUUGUUAAAAUAAAAGGAAGGUAAAUCCAC